AUGUCCAGGCACCAUAGCCGCUUCGAAAGAGAUUACCGAGUAGGCUGGGACCGCCGUGAGUGGAGUGUCAAUGGGACCCACGGGGCCACCAGUGUCUGCAGUGUCACCUCCGGUGCUGGUGGCGGCACAGCUAGCAGUCUCAGUGCACGACCAGGCCUCCUGCCACUGCCCGUGGUGCCCUCCCGGCUGCCCACACCCGCCACAGCUCCUGCUCCCUGCACGACGGGCAGCAAUGACGCCAUCACCAGUCUCGUGGCCAGCUCAGCCUCUGCAGUCACCACCAAGGCUCCAGGCAUCUCCAAAGCCGACAAUCAGUCCCAGGGACUCACGACCAGCAUUCGAUGGGGCCAGACGCCCAUCAAUCAGUCCACACCCUGGGACACUGAUGAGCCACCCUCCAAACAGAUGAGGGAGAGCGACAAUCCAGGCACAGGGCCAUGGGUGACCACGGUGGCCGCCGGGAACCAGCCUUCCCUGAUUGCACACUCCUAUGGAGUGGCCCAGCCUCCCACCUUCAGCCCAGCUGUGAACGUCCAGGCCCCAGUCAUUGGGGUGACUCCCUCACUGCCUCCCCAUGUGGGGCCCCAGCUCCCGCUGAUGCCAGGCCACUACUCACUCCCACAGCCGCCCUCUCAACCACUGAGCAGUGUGGUGGUGAACAUGCCUGCCCAGGCCCUGUAUGCCAGCCCUCAGCCCCUGGCGGUAUCCACUUUGCCUGGAGUGGGACAGGUAGCCCGCCCGGGACCCACUGCUGUGGGCAACGGCCAUAUGGCAGGGCCCCUGAUGCCUCCACCUCCGCCAGCCCAGCCAUCUGCUGCUCUCCCCAGCAGUGCUCCUGCCACCAAUGGGCCCCCCACAACAGACUCGGCCCAUGGGCUACAAAUGCUACGGACCAUUGGAGUGGGGAAGUAUGAAUUCACCGACCCAGGGCACCCUAAAGAAAUGUUGAAGGAAUUGAACCAGCAGCGCAGAGCGAAAGCGUUUACAGACCUGAAAAUUGUUGUUGAAGGCAGAGAGUUUGAAGUCCACCAAAAUGUUCUAGCUUCCUGCAGCUUGUAUUUCAAGGACCUGAUUCAAAGGUCAGUGCAGGACGGCAGCCAGGGCAGCCGGGAGAAGUUGGAGCUGGUGCUUUCGAACCUGCAGGCUGAUGUCCUAGAGUUACUGCUGGAAUUCGUCUACACUGGUUCGCUGGUCAUCGACUCAGCCAAUGCCAAGACUCUGCUUGAGGCAGCCAGCAAGUUCCAAUUUCACACCUUCUGCAAAGUCUGCGUGUCCUUUCUCGAGAAGCAGCUGACCGCCAGCAACUGCCUGGGUGUGCUGGCCAUGGCUGAGGCAAUGCAGUGCAGUGAGCUCUACCACAUGGCCAAGGCCUUUGCACUGCAGAUCUUCCCUGAGGUGGCAGCCCAAGAGGAGAUCCUUAGCAUCUCUAAGGAUGACUUUAUCGCCUACGUCUCCAAUGACAGUCUCAACACCAAGGCCGAGGAGCUAGUCUAUGAAACUGUCAUCAAGUGGAUCAAGAAGGACCCAGCGGCACGUGCACAGUAUGCAGCAGAGCUCCUAGCUGCCGUCCGCCUCCCAUUCAUCCACCCCAGCUAUCUGCUCAAUGUGGUGGACAAUGAAGAGCUGAUCAAGUCAUCAGAAGCAUGCCGGGACCUGGUCAAUGAGGCUAAACGCUACCACAUGCUGCCCCAUGCCCGGCAGGAGAUGCAGACACCCCGAACCCGGCCCCGCCUCUCUGCAGGUGUGGCCGAGGUCAUCGUUUUGGUUGGGGGCCGUCAGAUGGUGGGGAUGACCCAGCGCUCACUGGUGGCUGUCACCUGCUGGAAUCCACAGAACAACAAGUGGUACCCCUUGGCCUCACUGCCUUUCUAUGACCGAGAGUUCUUCAGUGUAGUGAGUGCCGGGGACAACAUCUACCUCUCAGGUGGUAUGGAAUCAGGGGUGACGCUGGCUGAUGUUUGGUGCUACAUGUCCCUGUUGGAUAACUGGAACCUGGUCUCCAGAAUGACUGUCCCUCGGUGUCGCCACAAUAGUCUCGUCUAUGAUGGGAAGAUUUACACACUUGGAGGACUUGGCGUGGCAGGCAAUGUGGACCACGUGGAGAGGUAUGACACUAUCACUAACCAAUGGGAGGCAGUAGCCCCUCUGCCCAAGGCAGUGCAUUCAGCAGCCGCCACUGUGUGUGGCGGCAAGGUCUACGUGUUUGGUGGGGUCAAUGAGGCAGGCCGAGCCGCAGGUGUCCUUCAGUCCUAUGUGCCACAGACCAACACAUGGAGCUUCAUUGAAUCCCCAAUGAUAGACAACAAGUACGCACCUGCUGUCACCCUCAAUGGCUUUGUGUUCAUCCUGGGAGGAGCUUAUGCCAGAGCCACCACCAUCUACGACCCAGAAAAGGGCAAUAUCAAGGCAGGCCCGAACAUGAAUCACUCUCGCCAGUUCUGCAGUGCUGUGGUGCUUGAUGGUAAAAUUUAUGCAACUGGAGGCAUCGUGAGCAGCGAGGGACCAGCUCUGGGCAACAUGGAAGCCUACGAGCCCACAACCAACACAUGGACCCUCCUACCCCACAUGCCCUGUCCUGUGUUCAGACACGGCUGUGUCGUGAUAAAGAAAUAUAUUCAAAGCGGCUGA